CUUAUGAUAGAAAGAGAACUCGAUGUUUCCCUUUUAUUCGUUGUCUCCACUACAUUGUCCGUUUAGUAAAUCCAUGCACUACUGUGUACAGUCAUGCGACGUGAAAAUGUUUAUCAUAGAAUAAACAACAUUUUAUGGCUAUUUAUCCGAGUUUCUCGAAUUUAUCACGAAUUUUCUUUUACGUGCCAAAGAAGAAAUUGAAACCGUCGUACGUGACUUAGAUCAUGUAGUUCUUUCGAAAACAUUUUUCGUAAUGUAUUUCAUAAAAUCAAUAUCAUAGUAUAUAAUAAAGAACCAUCCAGUUAUUUAAUAAAAACGUGAAAGAGCAUCAAACAUUUAUUAAUAAAAUAUUUCAAGAAAACUUAGAAAGACAGUUGAUCAUAGUAUAGUUCGUUUGGUUUCAUUUGUCAUUAUAAUGGUUAAGUAUUUUGAAGACAAUACAACCUUUUACUUUAAUUGGAAACAAGUUGUACAAGGAUUUUGGGUCAAAUAUCCUAAUCCCCACAGCUCGCAUGUCUUGUCGGAAGAUACUAUAUCUAGAGAAGUUAAGGAUGGCAAGCUUUAUUCUAAACGUCUCUUGACAAAAACAAAUGGAGUACCAAAAUGGGGUGAAAUGUUAAUUAAAAAGAAAUCUGUUAAAAUUGUAGAGGAAAGCAUAUUGGAUCCUGAGGCAAGGACAUUGACAACGUAUUCAAGAAACUUCACCUAUAACAAAGCAAUGAGCGUUAUCGAGAAAGUUGUUUAUCGAGUUUCCGAUGAAAAUCCUUCAUGGACUACAGUACACAGAUCAGCAUGGAUAUGGAGUUGUGUGCUUGGAUUUAGUAAAGCAAUUGAAGCAUUUGGCCAAGAUAGAUUAAGAAAGAACUAUAUUAAAAUGUCAUUAGGUUUCAAUCAUGUUCUUGGACGUAUGUUUCCACAAACAGCACAAUUAGCAACUUCUCAUAGCAGUUGUCAGCCCGACGAUUUAACAGCUAGUAAAUCAAUUCUGGCAGAAGGUUUACAACAUUCUUUAAAAGACAAAGCAGAACAAGUAAAAGAUGCUGCUAAAAAGGCCACAGAUUUAGCGAAGCAAAAGACUGGUCAAUUUAUGUAAUAUAUUGAGAAGAAUCAGAUUAAUUAAAUGUUAUUAAACCAUUAACUAUCAAGUACUAUGCCAAGUGAAGAAAUUAAAUGAAACUCAAAACAAUAGUAAAGAAAAAAGAAUAAGAUCAUUUAAACUUUAUUCUAAUCCGAUUAAAAAAUUUAAGAUAUAUUGAAUCUAACAUUUAAUAUUACGAUUUCGCAUAUAUAUUUUUUCUUUAAUAUAUAAUAUUUCUCUUUCGAUAUUAUACAUAAAAAAAAAUUGAUUAAUUGUAUAUAAUGGAUACUUUUGUUUUAUAAAACAUAGUUAAUUGUAUUUCAAAAAACUACCAUUCCUCUAACUGCCAGAGUCCAGAAUAUACAUACAGAAUAGGAAUAUCCUGUUGUUACUCAAUAUUGAAUCAUUUAAAAUUUAUUACAUAUGUAAUUUUAGUAUAAAAAACACUCUUUUUAGGUACGAUCAACGUACGUACGUGACUUAUACAUUACCACUUGUCUAAAAUAGAAUGUGCGAGUUUAAGCAUUAUAAAAAAUAAGUCAUGUU